UUUAAAAACAAACAAACAAAUUAUUAACUUUUUAAACAAAUUGUGGUUAAUUUGUAUUUUUUUAAUUAAAAACUGCUUAAGAAUGAGUGACACACAUGUGGAAAUGGACACAAAAUAUGUAAGCAAAGAAUUGGCUGUUGUUGAAUAUCCUGGCAAUGUACAAAAUGUCGAUAAAAUGUUAAAAACAAUGGGCGGUAUAACAACAAUAUCCCAAGUUUUCAGCGGAGAAAUUAAACGCCUUGAAGUUCGUUAUAAACCGGACAAUGAAUUCUGCAAAUCCCUGGCUGGAGACGCUCAAGCAAACUUCGGUCUGGUAUUGAAAAUAAAAAUUCGCCGCUCAAAACGUAAUCCGGACGAACCACCCAAAUAUAGUGUUCAGGUUCUUGGACAUACCAAAAAGACGUAUGUCUUCGAUUCUUUAGCCGAUUAUACUUUCCUUCCGAUUGUAAAAGACAAAGAAACCGGUGAAGCCAGAUGUGCCCAUCAAGAACUAGUGCCAAAAAAUGUUGUUGACAUUGACUAUUUUUCGAGAGAGAGUUUGCCCCCUCUGUGUGUUCCGUUUCAGUUCGCUAGGUCCGACAAUAUCCACACAAAUCUUCAUCGAAUCGAUCCAAAAGACGAUGGUACAUCGGAUAUUCUGGGUGUUCUGCAGAAACCCUACUAUGAUGGUCGUGAGGUUAUUGCAUUUUCCCUCACAGAACCAUUUCCAAUGCAUCCUGAUCCCGCAGUUGCAAAGCGCAUGAAAGUCAAGUAUGUUUCUGAUGAACAAUUACAGAUAGUCAAGAAGCUUUUUGAUGAGAUUCCCUGUUGGACAAGAGUUGGCUUAUUAUAUGAAUCUGGCCUGUCUCAUGACAAAUUGAAGCACAUCACACCUUCAGUAGCGUACUUGUUUUCGAAUGGACCAUGGCGAACAAUGUACACCCGAUAUGGUUAUGAUCCCCGCAAGGAUUUCAAUAGUCGCUACUAUCAGACGUUCGAUUUGAGAUUGAGAUAUCGAACUGGAAUGGCUGAGUUGGUUCCAAAUGCUCAAAAAUGUGGAGCACGUGGCAAGGAUUGGGAACGCCGACCAAAUGAAUCUGACAUACCUGUACCGGGUCCUGAUUAUCCAUAUUUAGAAGAAGGAAAACUUCCCCGUUCACGUCAAUGGAUUCUAAGGUAUUGUGAUUUAAGAAUAAACAAAGUAAAGGAAAUGUUGGAUAAAAUUCCAACACCACUCGCAGGAGCAACGUGUAAUGAAAAAACCGGAUGGUUGCCUCCUGGAUUUGAUGUCCAAGUUAGGCAGAUAAUAAAUAAUUCCUUUAAGGAGACGAUGAGGGAAUAUUAUAAGAAUCGAAAGGUACAAGAAAAUUCCAUGGAAGAUGAUGAGUAUAUAAGCGACGACAUUGAACCAGACAAAGAUUCCGAUGAAUAUGAUGAUGACGAUGGUGCAGAGGAGGACCAAGAAGACAUUGAAUUGGAUUUAGAUGGAGAUGCUGUAGAAGUGAAUAGUCUUAAAAUGGAACAUAUGCAAGUCUAUGAUGAAGAAGACUUAUAAUAAAGUAAAGUUAAUUUUUUGCAUUUAUAGAACAUGC